GAAUGGUCGGUGGUGUGCGCGCGAGGUCGGUGUGUGUCGGUGUGGUGCUUGUGUAGAGCGGUGCAGCGCACAGACGUGCUGUGUUCGGUGUUGAUGGCGUGCCUCGCCUCCCACGCCUCGUACGGUGUAUAGCGAGUGUGUUUUGCGCUCCUCCCACGCCCUCCACGCUCGGGUGUAUUUGUGUUGUGACGAGGUGUAGCGGGGGUGUUAGUGUGUGUGUGUGUGUGGGGGGGGGCACCCCAUCUCUCUGUGGCACUGAGUGCCGCUCAGGUUGGAGGUGAGGGCCCAGCAUGGUCCCCUGUCCAACAUGUUAAGCCAACAAAACACUCCAACCACCAACAUGAACGCGCUAGGCACUGUGUACGCCACCAAGCGCAGACGACGCAACGGCAAGAGUAUAAAGCCACAACCGAAGGAGGGUCAGACAAAGAGUAAUCCGUCCAAGCGUCACCGGGAGCGUCUUAACGCCGAGCUGGAUAACUUGGCUGGUCUCCUACCCUUUGAACAGAAUAUCCUCUCCAAGCUGGAUAGACUGUCUAUCCUUAGACUGGCUGUCUCCUACCUGCGGACCAAGAGCUAUUUUCAGGUUAUGAUGCACGGUGGUGGCGGAGGAGACAAACAAGACAGUGAAGUGAUCCAUCCCACGAGACAUAGAGAUCUCGUCACGUACGACCACCAAGUCCUCGACGGAGAGAUGUUCCUGCAGGCGCUGAACGGGUUCCUUGUUAUCUUAGCGUGUGAGGGCGAAGUGUUUUUCGCCACCCACAACAUCGAGUCCUACCUGGGCUUUCACCAGAGCGACAUCGUUCACCAGAGCGUGUACGAGUUGGUUCACUCCGAGGACCGGGAGGAGCUACAGCGACAAUUGAUGUGGAACUCCCACCUGACGCCGGAGCAGGCGCAGCUGACGCUCCAGGAGGCGCUCCACGGCGACCAGACUGCGCUCGAGCGCAACUUUACCGUUCGCUUCAGAUGUCUGCUGGACAACACCUCGGGGUUCCUGGCUUUGGACGUGAGAGGGAAGAUCAAGGUCCUUCACGGCCAGAACAGAAAAACAGAGGAGGCACCUCUGGCGCUCUUCGCCGUGUGUACGCCGUUCGGUCCGCCCUCCCUCCUGGAGUUACCUCAGAAGGAGGUCAUGUACAAGUCCAAACAUAAGCUUGACCUCUCCCUUGUCUCCAUGGACCAGAAGGGCAAGAUGCUGCUGGGAUACAGCGACCUGGAGCUGGCCAACAAGGGCGGUUAUGACCUGGUUCACUACGACGACCUCGCCUACGUCGCCUCAGCGCACCAGGAUGUUUUGAAGACCGGAGCGUGGGGAAUGAUAGCCUGUCUUCAGCCGAGAGACGGCACCUAGGCAAGUGGUUGCAGCUCUUCAAGGCUAGUUUACAAGAACUCCAAACCUGACUUCAUUAUCUGCACCCACAGGGACGCUCAUGUCGUGGAGGAGGAGGGUCGUGACCUGCUGGGGAAGCGGACGAUGGAUUUCAAGGUGUCGUACCUGGACCCUGGCCUCACACAGUCCUACCUCUGCGACUCCGAGCUGCCGCAGCUCUACGCCUCCCGCAUGAGCCGCAAGUACAAGACGCAGCUACGGGACUUCCUCACCACCUGCCGCACCAAGAGAAGCUACACCAACCUCUCCGACACAGCCUACAACAACUACAACAACGUAUACGGUGCGUCGGCCUACACUGCGGAUAACGGCAUCUAUAUGCAACAGAAUCUGGGUAACUUGCAAUCCCUCUAUCCGGCCAGUUAUCUCCCUACCGACAACCUGUUCCAUUACCGACAACUAGGCUCGUACUAUCCCGACUACAUGACGCACGGCUACGUCAGCAACGGUUACGUGGAUCCCGCGCGCUCCUGCCUCAGCUACGACACGACGGGGCUUACCAAAACAGCGGCCGACCAGAAGCUCUACUGCACGACGCAGCUUGACGCGUCGAAAUACCAGUACAAGCCGACAGAUGCUUACACCGCCGUCUACGGCACCAACACAGUCUUACCGUCGCUGGAACACAAGUACAGCGAACUUCGUGCAGCGGAAGUGCGGCGGGACGACCCAUCGGCUCUAGCGUCGUUAGGGGCGCUAGCCGCCACGCCGGGAAUCACCACUACCGCCAGCUCCACCGCUACCACCACCGUCACGCACAAAGAGGAAAGCAAGGAGAGUGAAACGUACGCCAACACGACCCGCCAGACCGUACUCAUGUGGGGGUCCGCCUCUCACGAGUACGACCCCAACAAGAAGUACUCCGAGGUGCCUGUCUCCACGUCCGCCGCCUCGCUCGACCCCAACCUGAGCGGUGUCGCGUGUAAGUGGGGUCCCGCUACCCCGGCCUCCACCCCCGGCGCACGCAGUAGCGCCGGAGGGAGCCCGCACGGCGGGGAGGGGGCUUCGCCUCAUGCCGGGGGACCCCCCAGCGCCCACGUCGGGGCUGUGGCGUCCGCGGGUAAGGGUGGUGGGUACAGCUACAGCGAGGGCGGCGAGCAGUAUGGGGGAAGCCAGCUACCCGCAGAUCAGCAGGAAUCCAAUCCUCUGUUGUCCAUCUCUGAGGUAACGGACACCUUACUCAACCACCACGACUAG